CCCCCUCCUGCGUCCUCAGGAGAGGAGCCCGCGCGCUGGGCCCGGCCGCCGCGCCCGGCGGCCAUCAUGAGCGAUGUCACUAUCGUCAAAGAAGGGUGGGUGCAGAAAAGAGGAGAAUACAUUAAGAACUGGAGACCGCGGUACUUCCUGUUGAAAACGGAUGGCUCCUUCAUCGGGUACAAAGAGAAGCCCCAAGAUGCAGACCUCCCUUACCCUCUCAAUAACUUUUCUGUGGCAAAAUGCCAGCUGAUGAAAACAGAACGACCAAAGCCCAACACCUUCAUCAUCAGGUGUCUGCAGUGGACCACGGUCAUCGAGAGGACCUUUCACGUGGACUCUCCCGAGGAAAGGGAUGAGUGGGCAGAUGCCAUUCAGACUGUGGCAGACAAACUCCAAAGACAGGAGGAGGAGAGGAUCCAGUGCAGCCCCACGUCGCAGAUCGACAACAUCUGUGAGGAGGAGAUGGACACCUCCACCAGCCACCACAAACGCAAGACAAUGAAUGACUUUGACUACUUAAAGCUCCUGGGUAAAGGAACUUUUGGAAAAGUCAUUCUGGUGAGGGAGAAGGCAAGUGGCAAGUAUUAUGCAAUGAAGAUUCUGAAGAAAGAAGUCAUUAUUGCAAAGGACGAGGUGGCUCACACGCUUACGGAAAGCAGAGUGUUAAAAAACACGAGGCACCCUUUCUUAACCUCUCUGAAGUACUCCUUCCAGACUAAAGAUCGCUUGUGCUUCGUUAUGGAAUAUGUCAAUGGCGGUGAGCUGUUUUUCCAUUUGUCGAGAGAGAGGGUGUUCUCCGAGGACCGCACGCGGUUCUACGGCGCGGAGAUCGUCUCCGCCCUCGACUACCUGCACUCCGCCAAGAUCGUGUACCGCGAUCUCAAGUUGGAGAACCUAAUGCUUGACAAGGAUGGUCACAUCAAGAUCACCGACUUUGGCCUGUGUAAAGAAGGAAUCACAGACGCUGCUACCAUGAAGACCUUCUGUGGUACGCCCGAGUACCUGGCACCAGAGGUGCUGGAGGAUAAUGACUACGGGCGGGCGGUGGACUGGUGGGGGCUGGGCGUGGUCAUGUACGAGAUGAUGUGCGGCCGACUGCCCUUCUACAACCAGGACCACGAGAAGCUGUUUGAGCUCAUCCUCAUGGAGGACAUCAAGUUCCCCCGAACGCUCUCCUCCGACGCCAAGUCCCUGCUCUCCGGGCUGCUCAUCAAGGACCCCAACAAGAGACUUGGCGGUGGUCCAGACGACGCAAAGGAGAUACUACAGCACAGUUUCUUCACUGGAAUGGACUGGCAGGAUAUCUACGAUAAAAAGCUCUUACCUCCAUUCAAGCCUCAGGUGUCAUCAGAGACGGAUACCAGGUAUUUCGAUGAAGAAUUCACAGCACAGACCAUUACAAUAACACCUCCUGAAAAAUUUGAUGAAGAUGGUAUGGACUGCAUGGAUAACGAGAGACGGCCUCACUUCCCCCAGUUCUCGUACUCCGCAAGCGGGCGGGAGUGACCCCACGACUGUCUCCUACGUCACCCACCCCCCAAGAACCCUAAACCCCCCACGCCCACUCUCCGUUUCCCUAUGUGUCUUUAUUUAUUUUCUAGAUGGGGGGGAAACCAUUAGAAGCCUUUGUUUUGUUUUUUUGUUUUUUUGGUUGCCAUUUUUAUAGGGACUUGGGAUUUUGCACGUUGGGCCAGACUACACCGAUGGUCUGGCUGGGAUCAAAGCCUCCCGCAUUGUGGAUGACUGCAAACCACCAACUCGGUUGGUGAUUGGUUUUAUAUGUUUGUUUGUCGCUUCUUUACUUAAAAUGCUGUGUUUUUUCGGGGGGGUUGAAAGCUCACAUUCCUCAUUGAGAACAAGAAGAAUAAAAUGCUGCCUUACGCGUUGCAUUUCAGACAGACAGGGGGCGCUGGCAUGGCUCGUGGUUUUGCAGAAGCUUUUCUGCUCACAUUGCUGUGGGUUUAAGAGACGUUUACGGUACGCGGCGCUUCUACACGAGUUUAACCGCUCAGCUCAGUUCAGCUUGUUUUAGGAUAGAAACUGCCGCAAAUGGUUCUCUCAGGCUACACAGGUGACAGCUGUGUUCAACUCAACUACAGGUAUUAUUAGCUUUACUCAACACUAACAAAGCCAAACAGUCUCUCUGCAGUAACCUCUCAUGGGCAAAAGGCAGUUCUCUUAAAUGUUAUCAAAACUAAUUACUUUUUAGAAGUUGGGCUUUUCAUUAAGAAAGUAAUUAGCUGCUGUUUGUUGUUACAUAAUAAACUGUGACGCUCACUUACUGCUUGUAGUGAAAUUAGCUUGGGUGCAUGAACAUUUAAAGAGGCAAUAACUCUAGGAUAUCCCUCUCAGACAAUGUAUUGAGAGUGUUGUGCUGAUAUCUUACUCGAGACAUUCGUGCAUUCGGAGGACCUUACUGAUAUCACUAACAGUGUAUUUGUAGGACUGUACUGAUAUCACUCCGAUAGUAUAUUUGUAGGACCGGGCUGAUAUCACUGACAGUGUAUUUGUAGGACCGUGCUGAUAUCACUGACAAUGCUUUUGUUGGACUGUGCUGAUAUCACUGAGUGUAUUUGUAGGACUGUACUCAUAUCACUGGCAGUGUAUUUGUUGGACUGUACUGAUAUCACUGACAGUGUAUUUGUUGGACUGUACUGAUAUCACUGACAGUGUAUUUGUAGGACUGUGCUGAUAUCACUGACAGUGUAUUUGUAGGACUGUGCUGAUAUCACUGACGGUGUAUUUGUAGGACUGUGCUGAUAUCACUGACAGUGUAUUUGUAGGAACAUGCAAACUGAGUUCUGUGUUUGAAUAUGACUUCAUUUAAUAACUCAAAAGGUACCGCAAUUCACAGCAACGUGGGGCCAGUGGGUCCUGCAAACUGCAGCCAUGCAUUUAUCCCACCAGUACCGGCAGUCCAGCCUGAGCUCCGAUGAAAAACGGUCUGAUUCUGUGUGAGAAAGAAAUGACGCAUAGGUACAUCUCCUGAGGUUCAGGAGAGCCACUUUACUGAUAACACACACACACAUAUAUAUACACAUUGUGUGUAUGUUUGUGUGUAUGAUUAUAAAAUAUAUAUGCUACGGCAGAUACAAUAUUAUUUCUUCCCUUCAGUGAUGUAAAUAUGCAACGCUUUUUUAGACAUAUCAUUGCUAGAAAGCAAGAUGUGUUGUGUUAUUGUAUUAAUAGCUGGCUGACAAACGAAACCGUUUUUUGAUGAAGCUGAGAAUCGGGUGUAUUUUCUGAUGAAGCUCAGAGCUGGGGCAGUGGCCAGGGGUUGGGGGUGUUAAAACGUGCAAUCACAGGAAGAAUGAGCAUUUCACAGCUGACCAUGGGCAGAGCGGAGUAAAGCACUGUUCAUAUUAUUUCGUUCUUAAGUGUGUUCUUUCUCGUUUUUUUAUUUCAUUUCAUUUUUGCUUCAAAUUGUUUAAUUUAUUUGUUCUUGUAAUUUAAUUAUUUUGGUUAUUACGAGUGUUGUCCAGUCUUGUUCUGGAUCUAAAAGGCACCUCUAAAUGGCUUAAGAAUGUAGUUUGGCAAAGUGUUAAGGCCUUUUUUCCCCAUUUUUUCUUUUGUGUUUUUGGUUCUUUUUUUGCCAGCAUGUUAUUUUAAUAGCCAUUACUGUGGUAAUAUUUAUUUAUUAUUAGUAUUCAUUUUUGUGCAUUUCAGGGGCUAAAUGGUUUUUUUUUUUCCAGAAUGUUUGAUUUCGAUUUUGUUCCUCUGGUGAAAGGGCUGUGUGAGCUGAACAACCCAGUGUGACAAACAUCUGGCCAUGCCCGUGUGGAUUUACUUUACUGGAGAUCUCAAACUCCAGUGUGUAUAGGUUUAACUCCAGUCCUGGAGGGCCAUAGUGUCUGUUGGCUUAACUCUUGUCCUGGAGGGCCAUAGAAUCUGUAGGCUUAACUCUAGUCCUGGAGGGCCAUAGUGUCUGUAGGCUUAACUCCAGUUCUGGCUGGCUGCUUGCUGUGUCUGCAAGUUUAACUCAAACAAAAAGUCCUGUAGAAGUCCAAAUGGAUGGUUCUUCUAAGAAAGCACUUACUGUACAGGGGCUGUACUGUCAAACGCCCUUGUGUCUGAACAGGUCCGUUCAAUAAGAAACUGCUGACUCAACUCCAAGUCACACUGUGCCGCAUAGUUCACGAGUCCAACAUGUAUACUGUAGACGGUCUUGAGUAGAUGGACGAGAAGCUGUUCUUCAUUCACCCUAUCUGCAUGUGUGAUCAGCACUGAAGGAGAUUAGCAGUUACACGAGUUACUCUGUUUUCCAUGAACACUGCGCUUAACCAGUCUCUCAAUCCCCACAUCUGUGGCAGCUGCCUGAAAUGACAAUGUUCAGAAGAAUUUUCUCUUAGAUCAGUAGAGAUCCUUUGGGACCAUAAAGAAUUGUGUGAGUCUUCCUCCCGAAGACUGAGAGUAUUUCCAGUGGAGUCAGUGUAGUUCCUAUGUUGCCUGGCUGAGGAAGGAGCAGAGAAAUUAUUUGAGAAAAACAGUCGCAUGCACACACUCGCAACUUUGCACUGAAUCGAGUAGUCCCAGGCUUGCUUUUCAUAUAUUCAUGGCAGACGUUUCCCCAACUCAGUCUUAAACAUAAUGUCCAGGAUAUAACUGGACCCAGUGUAGAUUAUUAUUCUCUACGGCUGUCCAUAGUUAUUGUAUAUAAACAUAUAUUUUCACCUGCUAUAUGCUGAGCAUAAGAAUCCUUACAGGAAACAAGCUUGACAUUAAAAUUGUUCAGAAAUUAAUUCAAAUGCUUCCAUAGCUUACUGUGCAUUUUAUUUCUCAAAAAUAUAUACAUUUACAUUAACGUAAUGUUAGUAAAUCUCUUGCAUUCAGUUGCAUACAUAAUUUACUGUAUUUUAGCAACACAAAAUCUUUUUUGUUUUCACAUAAAAUGAGUAUGCAAAUGCAUUUCAAGCACAAAUGCAUUUCAAAGGAAUUCUACAUAAAUUGUAUUUGACUGACUGUAUUUUUGUGAGUGAUUUCACUUUAAUUCCACUGGUGGUUUGGAGUUGGUUGCAGGGUAAACGCAGUAUAUGGUUUGGAGUUGGUUGCAGAUUCAAUGCGGUAUGUGGUUUGGAGGAUUAUGUAGAGUAAACACGGUGUGUGGUGGAGAUGGUUGAAGAGUAAAUGCUUGUGUGAUUCGGAGGUUGAAGUAGAGUGAACACGAUGUGUGAUUUGGAGAUGGUUGCAGAAUGAAGGUAGUCUGUGGUUUGGAGACGGUUGCAGAAUGAACGUGAUGUGUGGUUUGGAGGUUGAAGUUGCAUGGAAACAGUGAAUGGUUUGGAGAUGGUUCUAGAGUAAACGCAGUGUGGUUUGGAGGUUGAAGUAGAGUGAACACGGUGAGUGGUGUGGAGAUGGUUGCAGAAUAACCGUGGUGUGUGGUUUGGAGAUGGUUGCAGAAUAACCGUGGUGUGUGGUUUGGAGAUAAAAGUAAAGGUGCAAGAGGUGUUGUCAGAGUGCUUUAUGGAGUUAAAUCUAGUCCAGUAUUGGGGUCCUUGGGUGUUGAGGGACCUGGGUUUUGGGGUCCUUGGGUCUUGGAGCCAUUGAGUAUUUGGGUCCUUGGGGGUUGGGGUUCCUGAGUUUUAUGGCCCCUACCUUUUGGGAUCUUUGGAUGUUGGGGUCUGUUGGGUAUUGAAGCAAUGUUGCGCUCAGACACUUGGUUUGUCAGACAAGUAACCAAGCAGUCCUAAAGAGAGAAAGAGAAGUUGAGUCUGAAUGUCUGCGAUGGACUUGCGUAAGGAGUCAUUUGAUUACAUUUGAUAAUAAUAUGGAUAUCAGAAUAUAUGGUGUUGGGUUAGGAGGCAGCCGUACGUGACCGGGUGGAUGGGCGGUGAAGAAGCUGGUUGUUAGAAGGCUGAUAAGGACUGAUGAACAUGCAGCACAUCCGUUUCCCAGGGUCCGGGAGGAAGAGCACCUCCCGACAGUGCUGCCACAAUCAGACAGCCAAAUUAGCCACGUUAGCAUGUUUCCACUAAGCAUUGCUGUUCAUCUCAACCCUGUGUACUGCUCUGCUGUGUCAGCCAUUGACGUGGACUGUUCGAUAAUGAAGGGGUAGGGCCUGGUAGUGCUGUGAGUCCCAGCAUUUCAAAAACUGCGUACAAACGUCAUUAUUGAGUGCUGCGGUAGGCCCGUGCGGGUUGUUCUGGCUGAUUAUGAGCCACUGUUGCAAACUGAGCCAAGAAAUAAUGCUACUCUUAUGACAGGGCAGGAAGUUCACAUUAAGAAGGGGAUCAUGGGAAGGACCUGGGAUUACCAUAGGAGGACCAGUCCAAAGCUCUUUCACGUUCAUGAGGAGUUUCACAACAGGGUACAUACAGUUGUCCUGCUGUUCCCCGAGUAAUUCACUCUGCUAAAUAAAGUGUGAUUUCAAUGGGCUGUUGCCCUGUUGGUUUUAGGCAGUGUACGUACAAUAUAUGACAUCUGCACAAUUUACAUGGAUAUUUGCUCUUCCCCGCUGUGCUGAAGUUUUGUGCUAGGCUGCAAAUUAGUGUGGCGCAGUACAGUGAUCCAGAAGACCCAAACAUCUAAUUCAAGGGGUCUAAUUUACUGCAUUUGGAGCACUGAGGUUACUGAGGUAAUGAUUAAAGUCCAAUUUAAUUCUUGGCAUCAGUUAUUGUCUUCCAAAAUUUACAUUUUAGUUCCGCGGAAAGAGGUUUUAUUUUGAAUGAAAGAACAGUAUUAAUGUAACAGUCUGGGGAAGAAACUAAAUGCACAGAAAAUGGGCUUUUACUGCAGACUCUUGUUUUGUUGUUUCUUUUUUUAUCUCGGCCACAUUCUAUUUACUGAUGAGCAACUGAAAGGCUCCAUAUAUUUGGAGAUAAUUCAGAUAUAUUUGGAUUGCUUCUCUUCCUGUCUGGCUGCCUCUCAGUCCUUCGUCUUUGGCCUUGGAGACUGGACUCCCUGUCUCCUUUAGUUCAAGGUUCAGGUCUUUGUUCACAUAAAGAGGUGAUUUUUGUUGGCAUAUUAAUGGUCACACAAAACGUAUUCUAGGUUUAUGUUCAGCUAAGCCACAUGUUGAGAUCACUUCAGCAGAUCAGUUAUAUGGGUAAUAGAAGCUAAAUAUUAAGCCAAGCAGUUCGGUGUUAAUGUUCGGCUUAAUAUGUCCUGACAAAUAAUCGUUUGAUGAUGUUGAAUAUGCACUUGUAAAUUAGCAGUGGAGCUGGUUCUAUAGGAAAACAGGGGAUAGGGGAGUUGCAUGGAAAAGUCAUUUAUGGUAUUGCGGUGUAUACUACUGAAACAAAAAGGAUCUUUUUGACAUUAAUGGUCAGAAAAUGCAUAGAACAAAACACUUUUGAUUCCAUAGUCUGCAAAAAAAUGAAAAAAUGUUCCAAACAUACAGCAGCUUUUUUUGUCUCUGUUGCACUUUUUUAUAUUUCAGGCUGAAAAGGAAAUGGUGUCCCUGCUUAAUAUGUUUGUAAAAAAAUAAAUAAAGAAAAGCACAGAUCUUCCUCCUUAUUCCCCACUC